AUGUCGGGCUGGACCACCAUCUGGGUCCUCAUUGCGGCCGUUGCGGCAGGCUCGGGAACAUGGUUUGCAACGCCAAAGGGCCCAAACCAGGUCCUGAUCCGAUCGUCGACACUCUUGACGCUGACAUGCUGCUACGUCAUGUGGGCCAUCGUCUACCUCGCUCAGCUUCAUCCCAUGAUCAAACCGACGCGCUCCGACGUGCGAUUCCUCGACGAGUGA